GUAAUAAUCCAAAAGAGAAAGGGUCUAUCUAUAAAUUCAUGCUUCUUGAGCCUCCAUCACCAUGCUUCCCAAUACGCUAUAACUACUCGCUUACUAAACUCCACUUGCAUGCUUAAACUUAAUUGCUCCCUUUUCUAUCGUAUCCGAUCACCUGGAAAUCGUUGUCGAAGAAACAAAAUGGCGGAAAAGAGUAAGAUUUUGAUCAUCGGAGGAACUGGUUACAUCGGAAAAUUCAUCGUCGAGGCCAGUGCCAAGUCCGGCCAUCCUACUUUCCUUCUCGUCAGGGAAUCCACGCUCUCCAACCCUGCCAAAUCCUCCCUGGUCGAAUCGUUUACGAAAUCCGGCGUUACUUUCAUCACUGGAGACUUGUAUGAUCACGCGAGUUUGGUGAAGGCGAUAAAGCAGGUAGAUGUGGUGAUCUCGACGGUAGGUCAUACACAACUCGGUGAUCAAGUUAAAAUCAUUGCCGCCAUUAAAGAAGCUGGUAACGUGAAGAAAUUUUACCCAUCGGAGUUCGGAAAUGAUGUGGAUCGUACAAACGCCGUGGAGCCAGCCAAAUCAGCUUUUGCAAACAAGGCGCAGAUCCGCCGCGCCAUUGAAUCCGAAGGAAUCCCGCAUACCUACGUCUCUUCCAAUUGUUUUGCUGGCUAUUUCCUCCCAACAUUAGCACAGCCAGCAGCCACCGCGCCACCAAGGGAUAAAGUCGUCAUCUUAGGAGACGGAAAUGCAAAAGUGGUUUUCAAUGAGGAACAUGACAUUGGAACUUACACCAUUAAAUCCGUCGAUGACCCAAGAACUCUGAACAAAAUCGUUUACAUCAAGCCUCCUGGUAAUAUUUACUCAUUUAACGAGCUGGUGUCUUUGUGGGAGAAGAAGAUCGGGAAAAAGUUGGAGAGGGUUUAUCUUUCCGAUGAACAAGUUUUGAAGAACAUACAAGAAUCUCCGGUUCCGUUGAACGUGCAGGUGGCUGCGGUUUAUUGUGGUGAUUUUCCUAUUGAAACAGGAUGUGAUGCUGGUGAAAAGAAGCAUGAGCUUGGUUUUCGUAAAUGGUGGAAGAGGACUCUAGAUAGGAACGGGUUAGAUCGGAAAAGGUUGGGACUAUCACAAACAAGACAAGGUGAUGAUUCCGGCGGUAGGUUGUGGAUGGUAAAAGCGGAUAGCUUUGUCUUCUUUAUCGGUGGGAGAAGGCUCUCGUGUCACAGAAGUGUUAGGUGGAAACGGAUUCUGUGUGGUGACAAACAACAGCCGGGUAUGGAGGACUUUGGACGUGACCGAGGUGAAGGUCGGGUGUCCGGGAAAAGUCGGGAUCGGGUAUGGAAGACUUUAGACGUGGCGGAGGUGAAAGUCGGGUGUUCGGGAAAGGUCUUGAAUCGAGAUGAAAGGAGGGUGAUUAAAGGCAGCUGUGAACAACCGAUUAAGGGGGUGAUUGUUGGGUUAAUCGGUUGGUUCAACGGGUCAUGGGUCGGAUCUAGUUCAUGA